CUGCUGUGGUAGCUUCAAAACCGCUUUGAGGAAUAUGGCCACAGUUAACCCAUUAUUUUGGCUGUUGGUGAUGUUAUGUCUUUACAGCUCAGCACUUGCCACCAGUAAUGCCUCAGAGCCUUUCCUGCGGACCUUCUCUGGCCACAUUCUGGGAGAAGGCGAUGCUGAGUACUUAGACCUGUCUGUGCUAGACACAGGUUCUGGCUCCCAGUCCCAGGCGGAGCCGGUGAGAAGACAUCACAGCCCGCAUCCUCAUCACAAGCACUAUUUUGUCUCGGAGGAGGCUAAGCGUUUCCUGAAGGGUUGCUUGUCGACCGCCUUCGUCCCAACUGUGUACACCUUUGUCUUCAUCAUCAGUGUGCCCCUCAACCUUGUCGCUGCCGUGAUUUUUGUGCAUCCCGUCCGUCCCAGGAAGCCUGCAGUCAUCUACAUGUUGAACCUUGCCGCUGCUGACCUGCUUUUUGGCCUGCUCCUUCCCUUCAAGAUGGUCUAUCAUUACCAUGGCAACAACUGGACCUACGGCCCAUUCAUGUGCAGGGUGGUGACGGCGGCCUUCUAUUGCAACAUGUACUGCUCGGUCCUGCUCAUGGCGUGCAUCAGCAUCGACCGCUUCCUGGCUGUAGUCUACCCCAUGAACUCGCUGACAUGGCGCAGCCCUCAGACGGCAUGGGGCGUUUGUGCCGCCAUGUGGUUGCUGGCCCUCGCCGGGGCGGCACCUCUCUUAGCCGCAGGUCAAACUGCGCACCUUCCCCAACUGCACAUCACCACUUGCCAUGACGUGCAAGAUGCAGGAGAGCUAAAAGCUUAUUAUCGAUACUUCUUCCCUAUCUACUCCUCCGUGUUCUUCUUCAUCCCUCUUAUCUUCACUGUGGUGUGCUACGUGCGCAUUAUCCACGCCUUGGCAGCCUCCAACAUUGAGAACCGCACCAAAAAGACUCGAGCGGUAGUGAUGGCAGUGGUCGUGCUGGUGGUGUUUGUGGUGUGCUUCACCCCCGCUAACAUCAUCCUCAUGGUCCACUACGUCGAGGUAGCCCAGAAGUCCAGUGACACCUCCUACCGGGCCUACCUGCUUGCCACGUGCGUGGGGAGCCUCAGCUGCUGCCUGGACCCACUUAUUUACUAUUUCGGGUCGUCUCAGUGCAGGAAACGGGUAGUGGCGCUGUUUCGACGUGGGCGUCCACACCAGAUGAUGAGCAGCUUGCGCACAGAGAGCACCAGAACCAGCGGGCGGAGGGACAGCGGCAGGUCGUGCAAGAUGGAGGUUGUUCAAAGUGGUCCGGGGGGCCAGUACAGCAUGUUGGACACUUAAGGAUUAUGUCUUAGUCUCGUGUGUAACAAGCAAUUAAAUUGGGACGCAUCAGACAAUUCAUUUACAAUACCAAGUUUGGGUUUGUUGGUGGCUGGUGUCUGUUUCUGUAUUUCAUGUAUUAUCCUUUUUCUUUUGCAUUUUGUAGUAUAAACAUUGGCUGGAUUAGUCUUUAAUAAGAGCAGUUGCACAGUCUGAUGAGAACAGAAUAGGAGCUGUAUUCUAACUGAAGUCAGUCGACCUUCGCCAAGUGAAAAAGUAUAUUCACAAAGAAAAAGGAUAAAAAGGCACUCUGCCAAGUCUCAUGUUAUGAAAUAGGCAAACAAUGCCAAGUGUACAGUCGUCCCUCGCCACUUUGAGCCACUCUCGCCACUCUAUCACGUUGUUUCAAAUAUAUAUGAAUAAUGAAUGCUGUUUUGUGGGUGAAUGUGGCCUAUUUUGAGUCCAAAAAUAUGCAUAAUGAAGCAAAUUUUACAUAUAUUUUGCCUAAAUUAAGCAUUUUCAAGCUUUAAAAUAGCUAAAUGAACUAAAAUGAAGACUGUUGUGAAUUAUAUGUAGUGUUCUACACUGGUCACUCGGUGCCAGUAAUGUUAUUGACACACAAACACCAGAAACAGGCUUCUAUUACAGGCUUGAAUGAUCUCACAACAGGCACAAAAAUCUCUCAUAAAAACUGGCUACUGUAGCAGGCAUAACCCACUCAAAUCUGAACCCCUGAUAUCACUUCCUGUCCGCCACCACUCAGCUCCCCUCGGGAACACAUUGAUAGGAACACACACGAGCAUGUGUCUUAAAAAUGUACGUAUUAUUUGCACUAAUCUGCCCAACGUUGUACAAAGAUACAGUUUGCAUGUGGCCACAUAGACUGAGUGUAUAUUUUCAAGACUGGGCAGCAUGUUGUUAUAACACUUUAAUGACAUGUGGUCCAGUUUCACUGUUGCACGGGACAAGCUUUUCAUAUAGUUUAUCCAAACAAUACACAUGUUAAGAGCGUAUGUUUGGUCUAAGCAGCUACUGUAUCUGUGUUAAAUGUUUGUUCACUCUGCAGUCUGCUUGUCAUCAGGACACAGCUCUGCAACACAAAGACAGAUAAAUUAACAAAAUAGAUAUGACUCAUGUAUUUUUGCGUGGGUAAAUAAAUAAAUGUCCUUUUAUAUAUAUAUAAUCACUCACUAUUACACUUCUUGACAUGUUUAUAGGUUUUACAGAACACCUCCAUCUACUGUAUUAGCAGCUUGAAUAAAAGCAUGAGCACGCAGGCAACAACGAGACCUGCUGACCUGUUGUUCCAUCAUAUUUAUGGACGUUUUCUGGAAAAUUCAAACAGCCCACUUGCUUUUGGAACACUUCAACAUCUUUGGGAUCUAUUUGUCCGCUCCUUGCUGAAAGAUGGACAUUACAGUGUAUUUACUGUAUUUCAAAAGGUCACAUUUAAAGUGAUUGGUGGAGGAGAGACUUACUGAACUGCAGGAUGUAUCUACCAGUGACGUCACCAUUCCGGAAGGUGUCUGUCCACAGGAGGCAUUCGGAGCAGGUCCUCAGGAUGUGACCUUUGUGGUCUGCUAGAUUUUCUUUGGAAACACGCACAAUUCAUUAUUUAACUAAAAAACAUAAUGGAUGUUUCCGCCACAUCAUAUUUCUUUUUGAAGGUCACUUUCAUAUAAAAAUAAGACUUUUAAUAAUGCUGUAACAGUAAUAUGUGUCCCUCGAGCCUCUUUAUUACCACCAAACCCUCACCAGAAGUUCUGAAGAAAAACCCUCCUUCCUCUUCCUCCCACCUGUGACUCACCCCCUACCUAGAUGAGCCUACCCUGUGUAUACAUGCACUAAUAUAUAUAUAUUCUAAAUGUAUCAUAUCAUAUCAUACAGUAUCAUACACUACCCUAUAAUAUAGCAUCACAUCCUAUCCUAUUCUGUCAUACCAUAACAUACCAUACCAUACCAUACCAUACCGUAUAAUAUAACAUCAUAUAACAAAUCCUAUCAUGUCAUAUAUGAUGCCUUGCCAUAGAUCUCAAUAGAUGUGCCUAACCAUUGUGGUGAAUGUACUGUGUGUCAUUUUUGCUCAUCGUGCGUCCACUUACUGCGAAACAUGGUGGCAAGUCCAACAACUGUUGUAUUCACUUCACCCAAAAUACAACGAUUGCUGUGUGGGACAAAGCAUUUUUUGCAAAAUGCCAUUUUAGAGAUUCCUAAU